AUGAGUUCUUCAGAUGCGUGGAGCGACAUUUUCAGGCUGCUCAUUAUCAUGUCAGCGUGCAGUUCCAGAUGCUCAUGGAUGGUUUUUUACCUUGCUCUGCUGGUAACACUGAUGUCCCAGAGCGAAGGAGGUUGUCAGGAUACGGGACUGUGUUGCACUGGACAAAACCAGUCAUGUAUUACUGAAGACUGGAGGAAAGAUCGCUCCUAUGGGGAAUGUUACUGCGACCAGGCAUGCAAGACGACAUUGGACUGUUGUCACGACUAUGACCUUGCCUGUCCAGCCGUAUCCUGUGUGGUGAGUGAAUGGAGCGUGUGGUCUGACUGUCUGGAGCCGUGUAAACCCACACUGCGCACCAGGCAGAGACAGGUGAUUCAGGAAGCGCAUAAUGGAGGCGAACCCUGUCCCUCUCUACACCAGACCGCAGGCUGCGCGGAGUAUCACAACCAGCACGGCCCCUGCCUACAAUCGCUAGUGCCAGCUCUCAUCACCACGGGUGGUUAUGGAAAUGCAAGGAAAAAGAGGGAGAUUUUGGACAACAAUAUCACAGGGUACUGUGUGGAGUUCAAGCUCACGUCCCUGACAGCAGGUUGUCAGCUCAGCUUCAGACCACACACACGCUGGAUGCGGUACCUGAAGGAGGGGCAUCAGGUGUGUGUGGAGUGCCAACCACCCGCACUGGCCCAGGGCCAACGCUUCUGCUCCGGGGACGGGGAGAACAUGGGGCAGGACGGGAGCUUGUCUCUGCAGUGGCAGGCCGUGGGGAAUUCUCGUUGCAAAGGGCUGUGGAGACGGGUCCGUCGACGAGACUCCUGUUCCUGUCCUACUGUACACAGUUUUCUCUUCAUCUGACUCGCACACUUCAGUCAGCCCAAACGGGGUCAGGGUGGAAUGAGCGGAGACUGUUUUGGUAGCUCGGACCGGCUCUAUGCUUGUAUGCCAAAUGAUACAGUUGAUACCUCAUUACAGUGCGUUAUCAAGAAAAGAUUCAAUAUUAGUCACAGUUAAUUCCCAUUUAUUCAUAAAAGACUAACGCUAAUGGCCAUCGUUUUAUGAUUAAAGGAACCGUUUAACCUGAAAAUGAAAAUGUGCUGACAGUUCCCUCACCCUCAGGCCACCCGUGAUGUGGAUGGGUUUGUUUCUUCAUCAGAUUUGGGGAAAUUUAGCUUCGCAUCACUUGAAUCCUCUGCAGUGAAUGGGUGCCGUCAGAAUAAGAGCUGAGUAAAUCUCCAGUUUAUCAGUUAACAUUUUGUGUGGAUUUUGAUGUGAAAGGACAACAGAAGAUGGACUGUUUUCACUGGAGGAAGCUUCAAUUAUGAAUUAUAGACUGACCGGUAUUUUGGCAAUGGUUUACAGAAAAAAACACAUUAAUAAUUUGUU